ACUUCAUGACGGUUUAAAUAAAAGCAUCAGCUCUUUUGAGCGUUGGCAUUUUAUUAUAUUAGAACAUUUUUUAUCAAAAUUUUAUGCGAAAAGUAGAAAUUGCUCAUCUAUUUUUAUAAUGAUUUAAAAUCUUGAAAAUUUCAGCAGCGAGGAAAACAGAAAAAAAAUCAAAAUGCAUGAUAAGAUCUUGCGGCUAGCGGACGUGUGGAAGACAUGCAACAAGAUCCGUGCAGCCAGCUUCCGCGUCGGCCUCAACCUGUGGGACUGGUACCGCCCCCUCGACCCCGAUGGCAACUGUCUACUCUCCGAGUCAAAGUUUGUGUCGAUCUUGGCGGGCCCGCUGCGUCCGGUGGUUGGCCUGUCGGACGCGGAGAUCUCGCAGCUGGCGGACUACUUCCGCGCGCAGGAUGGCCGCGUUCACUACCACCAGCUCUGCCAGAUCAUACAUGGCGAGGAUGCGAGCGACCGCAGCCGCACAUCUGCGGACUGCAUCCUGGAGGCGUGCCCGCCGCCGCCGGAGCCGCGCUGCCACACGCUGGACAAGUGGCAGACACGUCGCUUGUGCUGCUUGCUGGCCACCAUCGCCGCACGCGACCUCCCGCUCAGGCCAUACUUCCAGGAUUAUGAACUCGUAGCCAAAAACGAUGGCCGCAUUACGUUCGCUCAUUUCGCUAGGAUUCUGCACUUCGUGGGCGUGAUCCUCUCCCCCGAGGACUUUAACUUAAUCGUGCGCCGGUUUAUUAAAGACUCCUACACCAUCGACUAUGUUGAGUUUCUUAAAGCGGUGGAGGCAGUCAAAAAGGAAGGAAUACAAGGACUCGGACCGGCGUACCAGCACCCGGGCGCGGUGCUGGACACGACGCUGCCGAAGCUGUCGCGGCCGGAGGUGGCGGCAGGGCGGUCGGGCGCGCUGCUGGGCACGGAGGUGUUCCACCCCGCGCUGCAGCCGCCGCGGCCGCCGCGCGCGCUCCUCGACAUCAUGCUCCGGGUGCAGGAGUUCGUGCUGCAGCGCCGGAUCAGGGUUUCAGAAUAUUUUAGGGACUUUGACACGCUGAACUGUGGCCGCAUAAUGCCGCAGCAGUUCCGGCGCGCGAUGGACGCCAUGGGCCUCGGCAGCGUG